AUAAGAAAAGUGGAAGACAAGUAGCGACAGCUUCGCUUGGAUGAGGAGGGCGUCAGACAUCUUUUUUUUUUUAAAUCGAAAGGAAUGUUGCUCUGUUAACACAUUUUAAACCAUUGUUUUGUGUUUUAAUGUUAGCGUUUAUAAAGGAAAAUAAACGACAAUGGCGUUAUGUUUUUUGGUCACAAUAUUUGCAGUUUUAUCUGCUGCUUUGGCCAUAUCUGUGAGCAUACCUAAAGAAGUCUAUGAGGUUGCAAGAGGAGACAAUGUGACAAUACCAUGUAGCUUCAAAUCAACUGUGGUUCUGAGCCAGAUUAAAGCCAUGAGCGUUCAUUGGGCUCGACUUGCAAAAAACCCAGAGGAUCCAGCGUCAAAAAUACUUGAUUAUUAUUAUCCAGCCAAUGAGUUGGAUAUUAAUGCAAAGUAUGAAGGAAGAGUUGGUUUUGUGUCGAAACCUGAAACGGGUGAUGUUUCUAUCUACAUCAGUAAAGUGACUCUAGAGGACAAUGGCUUUGUGGAGUGUGCUGUCAACAUUGCAAAAGACAAGGAUGGGGUAAACACACGUGCAACAAAUCUGCUUGUGUUGGUUGCUCCAUCAACGCCGCUGUGCUCUUUGGAAGGAAAGGCAGAAUAUGGGCAGGACAUCAGACUGAAAUGUGUCUCAGAAGAAGGGUCCCCUCCACCAGUUUACAAGUGGACAAACUAUGAUGUACAAAACACUCUGAGGCCGGAUCCACCAAAAUCCAAACAGGAAAAUGGAAUGAUGACCCUGGUGAAUGUUUCCAUGGACACCUCUGGAUUCUUCAUUUGCACCUCAUCCAAUAAAAUCCGCUCCGCCUCCUGCAACAUUACUGUUGCUGUCAUGCCUCCCUCCAUGAAUAUUGGUUUGACUGUCGGGAUUAUUGGAGGUGGCGUUGCUGCACUCGUUGUCAUUGUAAUAGCUGUUUACUGUUGCUGCUGCCGUAACACAGAGCCACCUGAGGAAUAUGAAAUGGAGGUUCCGGGAGAGGAUUAUGACCCAAAACCCAAACCCCUUAAGAACACCGAAGAAUAUUAUGAUGAAAAGAACGAGUCCCGCCACAACGGAGUCACGUACUACGACGAUGAUGGUGAGGAAGAGAACGAACGCUCCAGGCCUCCCAUGAUUCCACCUAACAAGCCAAUGCAUAUGGGCCAUACUGAUUCUUAAGUGUACUUGCUUGCUGUAUUCUUUUUAGAAAGAGACUAAGUAUUGGAGAAGGGAUCACUUUAUUUUGACAGAUCGUGGACUACCUAAUGUUAUCUUAGCUAAGGUAGGGUGUGAAUCCAGCGAUCUUUUAUUGCUUUCCUGUAAUUUCCUCUGUUUAUUUUUUUAUAACGUAGAAAUAUCGUUUAGCAAAAAUAAGUACUGUGGCAAGAAUGCAGUCUCAUGCAUCUACUGUGUAUUAGAUCCUGCAGUGUGUGUGCGAUUGCAGAACUGCCUGUACGCUUAGAAAUGUGGUUUCUGCGGGUGUCAAACAGAUUGCUUGCUGAAAACACACAAUUUUUUUUUUUAUACUUUAAAAGAUUUUGUAUUUGAUUAAAUGUCAUGUUUUGCUUUUAUAAUCACGUUUAGUUACUAUGCUUAACCAUGCAUUACCAAAUGGAUUUGCAGAUGCUUGCUUUUUUUUUUUUUUUUUUUUUAAUAUAACCUUAACAUGCCCCAUAAGUUGGUUUUUGACUCACCUGGCAAGGUGUAGCAGUGGAGACAAUUGCAUAUAUAUACAAUGAAUUUAUAUUUAAUACAUUUUAUAAAAUGAAGUUGUCUUUUCAGUAAUAUGGUAAAUAAUAAGGGUGUUGUAAUUGCAUAAUAAAACAUAUUUUAAAACAGGUAUUUUCUAAGCGUAAUUGUACUUUGU